AUGAAAGUUUUUAACACAAAGCUUCAAACGGUAGUGAGAGAACAACUGACUGCGGAAGGGCAUCCAUUACCUUCAGAAGUUACCAUAGCAUAUAAUUUUGAAACAAACUCAAUAGAUUUUAAAGUCAUCUCUGCAAAGAAGUCAGGUUUUACAUUUAAUGAAGCAGAUGUAUAUUCGAAUGAAAACUUCAAAGCUAUUGCAUGGUUAGAUAAUGACGAUUGCUUUAAGAAAAUAUUUAAAUUCAGUGACUCAAAGAUGUCAAUAGAUGACCUUCGUGGAAUGUUACCAUCGACGUUUACAGUAGAAGGUUCAGCAGGAUUGCUUACAAGAUUGUCAAUUGGUGGUAUUUGGUCUCGUGAGAACAUUGUUAUAAAAUCCAGUAUAAGUGAAUUUGCUGAAGAAUCUAUAUUAUGUCUUUCAAACUACAUGUAUUCGCCGCCGAAGCAUUAUAGUAUAACAAACUUUGUCAGUAAGUUUAACAUAAGACUUGUCGAACCUUCUUCAAUGAAAGAUGUUGUGCUACCUAAAGAUGGAAAGGAUGGACUCAUUAUUGAGAUGAUUUUAAUUGCAUAUUAA